AUGACAGGUUGUGGAACUCUGGCGGUGCUGGAACAAAAUGAAGCUGGGAUAGUUCUGCUCAGGAGUUUUGACUGGAAUGAUGGUCUGUUUGAUGUGACCUGGAGUGAGAAUAAUGAACAUGUGUUGAUCACUUCUAGCGGAGAUGGAUCUCUGCAAAUCUGGGAUACAGCUAAAACCAAAGGUCCACUGCAAGUCUAUAAAGAGCACGCUCAGGAGGCAUAUAGUGUUGACUGGAGCCAAACUAGAGGAGAGCAGCUAGUGGUGUCUGGUUCAUGGGAUCAAACAGCCAAGCUGUGGGAUCCAGCUGUGGGGAAGUCAUUAUGCACUUUUAAAGGCCACGAAGGGGUCAUUUACAGCACUAUAUGGUCUCCACACAUCCCAGGUUGUUUUGCAUCUGCCUCAGGUGACCAGACUUUAAGAGUUUGGGAUGUGAAAGCCCCAGGAGUCAAACUUGUGAUACCGGCCCACCAGGCUGAGAUCUUGAGCUGUGACUGGUGCAAAUAUGAUGAGAACUUGCUGGUAACUGGUGCAGUUGACUGUAGCUUGAAAGGCUGGGAUUUGCGGAACAUCCGGCAACCAGUGUUCAUCUUGCUUGGUCAUACCUAUGCUAUCAGAAGAGUAAAAUUUUCACCAUUCCAUGCAACCUUAUUGGCCUCUUGCUCCUAUGAUUUUACUGUGAGAUUCUGGGACUUCUCCAAGCCUAACCCUUUGCUGGAAACAGUUGAGCAUCAUACUGAAUUUACAUGUGGACUGGAUUUAAGUCUUCACAACCGUGGUCAGGUGGUGGACUGUGCGUGGGACGAACUAGUCAAGAUCUAUACGCCAUCCUGUCUCGCAGUUCCUGUCUAGAGAGAAAGUGAAGAAGAUCUGACACACCAGGAGCCUUUCUCUCUUCCCCCACUACCAGACUUGUGCUAAAGUGUCACCUGUGUCACUGAUCUUAGUGUCUCUUUUUAAGUAAAACUCUGCUUGAACAGAGUGUUGUGCACUUAAGCGUGUGGAGAUUUUAGGGCUUGGUUUACUGUACAGGUAAUACUUGAGCCAGCAAAACGUUCAACAGCUACUGAAUGGUCAAAGAGUGGCCGUAGCAGGUAUGAGCUGGUGUCUUUACAGUAGAAUCACCAACACAAUUUUGUGGUCUGUCUGGCUAAUGAUGAGAGCAGAGGCCUGAAUAUUCUCGAUCCUUAUAAAGAAUAAAAGUAACUGGCAGUGUAUUUUGAGAUAAUGUCACUGUAGAAAAAAAAGGAAAAAAGUGGCUUUUCACUGUAAAGUACUGUAAUGUCAGCUGAGGUUUGUAUCACUCAGAUGCAUUUAUAUGUUUUGCUGUGACUCACGUUGCAUUAUAUUCUUGUGCAAUAUGACAAAUGCUCUUCAUAGACAGUAAAUGUCAUAGUUUAUAGCCAGCUGAUUCAUUUGACCUUUUUGAUUGUCGCUUCACAAUGAUGGCAAAGAUUAUUUUCAUACUUUUUUCCCUUUUAGAUCUCCUUGAGUAAAACGGUUGAUGAAGUCAUGCAGAAAGAUACCCUGAUGGUAGAGAAAAUGCUUAGGAAAAAAUUAAAUAUAUACAACACUAAUUGGAUCACAAUCUCCAAGAUUUAGAGAUAGGACAACCAUCUUUUUUAUUAGACUUGUCUUCUAUUUUCACUUAGAAAGUUUUUCCAAGAGAUGGAAGAGGAAUAUGGUCAUAUAUUCAGUGUUUCUGGACCUCUGACAGCCUGGCCAAAGUGAGAGCUGAUGUCCAGACCACUUGAACCUACAUACACACGGAUUAACUGCGUGGCGUAAGCAUAGCAGAUCCAGUGUGGCCAAGCUAUUAUACUUAAAAGAAUAUGCCCAACAUGUUAUAGGUAGGUUGAGUACUUUGCAUGCCCACUUUGACUCCUCAGCCCACAUGCCCCAGAAAAACUCAGAUGAAAAUACCAGCAAGUAGAGGCAUUCAGUUUUUAUGCUUCUCCAGUCUCCUUUGAAUACUCUUUCAGGAUCCAACUGUGAUACUCCUGCCAUUCUCACUGGUAUAUGUUAGGCUUCUCUCCUGGUUUCCUGCUAGCCUUUUUUUAUUUUUUUACCUUCUUAAAGCUUUCUCACUUCUGCUGUUACCCCGUAUCAUCAGUCUUUACCAUCAAAAGACUAUUUGCAGAUCUUUGGUUGGGUUUUCAUAGUCUCCUGUUAACGACACUUCUGGGUUGCACCACUCAUAUAUCAAGCAAUAGCAGACACUGCCAGAUACUGCUGGAUGCUUUGAAGAAAUGAAAGAAAGAAUUCAGCGGCGCUAAGACUUGCAAGUUGCAAGGAAAGAAUGAUUGUGCUUUCUUGGAGAAAGAGCCAGGGAACUUGCAGGUAGCCACGGGGAGAUACGCAUAUAUCGAUUCGGUGUUAGGGCAAGAAAGAAAGAAACCUCUUCUUCAACAUGAGAAUUUGGAUCCUGAUAGGGCCUUCUAUUUUUCUGGGUCAGUGCAAACUGACGCAGAAUGCCAUCUUCUCGAGCUGAAUUAAUAACAAAAAGUAGAUUUUCUUUUUUGUUAAAUGUGUUGCACCAAAUUCCAAAUGUUUACUGCACUUUAAUUCUGUGUGCUGAGGAAUGAUGCAAUGAUAAAGCUGUGCUGCAUACAACUUUCAGCAAUACCAUGGGCCAUAAAAUCUAAUUUUAGGCAUUAAAAUUGAUUAUUUCAACC